AUGCUGUGUACGAAGAUCGAUGGCUUGAUAUCGACUUCUUCCCAGGGCCAUGGUCAGAAGGAGCCAGCUGCAUUACCUACGCUGCCGCUGCAUCCUUACAGCGUCUUAAGAGCAGCUGGUUUUGAGGUUGAUCUCGCUUCCGAGACUGGUACAUAUACCCCUGACUGGCUUUCGACACAGCCAGAUUUCCUCAACGGCGAAGACUUGGAUGUUUGGAAUAAUACCAAGAGCGAAUUCCGCAUGAAGCUCGACAACAUGCCAAAAGCCGCUGACCUCGAUGGUAACGCAUACGGGCUUUUCUACGCAUCUGCCGGCCAUGCCGCUCUCAUCGAUUAUCCCACGGCCUCUUCUCUUCAGCGAAUCGCAGCGCAAGUCUGGGCGAAUGGGGGGGUGGUCUCGUCUGUCUGCCACGGACCAGCACUUUUCGCCAAUCUGAUCGACCGUAGCACCAAUGAGCCCUUGAUCAAGAACAAGAGAAUCACCGGGUUUACUACGGAAGCCGAAUCCUCCAUGGGGAUCAUGGAUGAACUCAGAAGCUGGGGUGCUGAGAUGGUGGAGGAAACGGCAAUUCGACUCGGGGCGACAUAUGUGCGUGCCCCUGGUAUCUGGGACGACUUUCAUGUAGUCGAUGGUCGCCUAGUGACAGGCCAGAACCCAGCCAGUGCUACAUCUACUGCUCAAGCUGCUGUUCGGGUUUUCGAUAGCGCUUGA